CGGGAAUCUACGAGAAUCUAAGGCUACCGCUCAUAGACAGCGCUCAAAUGUACUGUAUGUAGAGAAUGACGCGGGCUGCGCAACACCCAUCCCUGGAAAGGGCGUUGUUUGCUUAGCUUCCUUGCAAGGGGCGCGUGACUUUCUCUCCCCAGACGGCGGAUCCUGUGGAUGCAUGGGGAAAGUCAGCGGCCCCGCCCUCACGCGUAUGUAUGGGUCCUGGAUCCGCCCCUGUCAAUUUGUCUUCACUCGCUGCGGUGCCCCUUUUUCUCGCCCAGCUCACAGCGACAGACCGUGAUGAGCAGCAAGAGGUGGCGGCCGGCAGAGCUUGGCAGAGCAUGCUAAAUGUCCGCAAAAGGUAUUGGAGGUGAGCGAAAGACUGGAGUCGCCCUACUCCUCAGUUGCAAUCCUGCAUCGGCCGGCAUCUUGCACAAAACGCCACGAUAUUCCCACGCCUGUCCCAGAGUAACGUACGCACUUGGGAGCGCAGAGUGCAUUUCACAAGAACCACGGCUUUGCAUAGACCGUUACGGACAGCUGAACCGCAGCGCCCAAGCGUACAUUACGGAACGUGAUCUCGUUUCGCAAUUUCGAGACGCGCGGCCCGCUGAAAUGGCGACCGGCACUUUCGGUCAGGUGUCCUCAACGAGAAACGUAACGCCGACAGCGACGACGAUGGUGCAGCGUGGGCGGUCGCGAUGCCCUCAGCUGAACCGGAAACUACUUUCACGACGGAGACGCCAUCUUCGCUGGAUGUUCAUGAUCGUGAUGACCUUCGGGUUUUGUGGCACUGUCUGCAACACGCCGAAGCUAGUCUCCGCAGCGCCUAUAAGUUUGCGACGGACCGGAGCGAACUUAUCUGAGCGGGCACCGGCGUUUGGCCCCCAGGAGACGGGGCCGGUGGCGGGAGAGAAUGGGGUCGUGAAUGGCGGAAUCGAUAUUGUCAAGUUGAAGGUCUCAAGUCGCCAACAGAACGAUGGAGUCGGGGCGGUGGCACCGGUCGGGACGACGAGUGUAAUUGAGGUUGCGCAGCCGACGGUUUGGCUGGUGGCGGCGCCUUCAGCUACUCCUGGAGCUGUGAACAAGGUGCAGGGCAAUGGGCAUGGAGAUGAUAUCGAUGCGUCGGGGGGAACAAGGACGACCAACAUCAACAACAUUGUUGUUCUCACGGACGACCAAGCCGAGGAAUUUCUCGAUAACCUGCUGAACCGGCCUCACCGCACCCGUGCGCACCCGCAGAACGACCAUGGGCAGCACGGCCGGACCAAGACGGCCGGGCAAGCACAAGCUACGGCCACGGCGUCGGUCAGCCCCAUCAAACCCUUCUUCAACACCGACAACUCGAAACUUGAUCUGCCCCUUGGCCCAGCCGUAACCACCGCCCAGCUCGGCAUGCUAACCAUCUCAAGACUGCAGUACGCGCUAGUCUGGCUCUUAACCUUCACGGUCUCGUCAUUCGCAACCGUGGCAGGCGUGCUGGAACGCCGCAUCUUUGGUGGCAGCCGCCGGUCAACCCGCAACAAGCAACAAGACAGCGCCCGAGCGGCAGCACAUUUGGGCUCCACAACCACAUUACCCUGCCCCAGGUCCUCCAACGGCAUCGGGUCCGCCACCGCCACCAAAAGCCCCGCCGACACAAUCCCCCUGCCCCGCAACUCCUCCCGCAACGUCCGCUUCGCCUCCUCAUCCGAUGACCCGGACACAACCUUCACCCGCCCCCCGCGCUUCCCCCACCUACAGGGCAUCCUCCGCACCCUCCUCUACGCCCUCUACAAAGCCGUCGUGCGCUUCACAUGGUGCGCAUUGGUCGUCCUCGUCGCGACACUCAACCUCGGGCUCGUGCUGGCCGCUGUUGCCGGCGCGGCUGUUGCGGCUGGUUUGGCGGGUUAUGAGCGGUUGAGGGGCCCUGGUGGGAAUGGGUCGGUGGCGGGACCGGCUGCGGCGACGGGAGGUGGAGACUCGGGGAAUUUGGAUUGGACUUUGACGAGGGCGGGACGGUUGGCGGCGAAGGAGGGAAGGAUUCCUUAUUUGAUUGGUGGAUGAUGGAACAUCGGUCAACCCGCUGAACAUCGGACUUGCCCCCGUGUCUGUGGAGAAACGGCCCCGCAUGCAGUCGUUGAGAAAUGCGUACCCCAGCGACGUAACGUUCCUGUCCUGUACAUAUAGUAUACUCUCUUCCUUCCUCGUUCUUUCAUCUCUAUGCUCUCCUCGCGGCGUUAAUUAAUGGCGGUCAUUUUAGUCAGUACACCCCCCAAUCUCUGCACCGGCGUGCGAGUGUAUAUAUUUUCUCUGUCUGUAAUCCGUAACUGAUUUUGCUGUGCCAUAUCCGUGUUCACCUCCAUGUACAGUACGUAAGUUUCGCUUGCUGAACUGCCUGAAUCGAGACGAGGCAGGAGUUACGAGACGCGGUCAACCG